GAGACAGUACGCCAAGUGACAAUUGGGAAACUCGCCGAUCGUUACUUUGCGCAUACGGGCCUGAUGUGCUAACGCGUGACUGCAUGCCUAGGUGCAUACAAUCACAUGUGCACACGUAUGUGCCUUUUCUGGCAUCCCACUGUUGAUUUGGACCACAGUGGUAUCUUAACAUCGUGUACCCCCUUCUUAAAAAGAGGACUGCUCAAAUUCGCGCAACUCUUUUGAAGCACAUUUGACCACGUCAGAAAAAUGUCUAGCGAAGAGUAUGACCACCUUUAUAAGAUAAUUUUAGUUGGAGACGCAACUGUGGGCAAAACCCACCUCCUGUCGAGGUACAUACGGGGCUCGUUGCCUAGCGUUGCAAAGGCGACAAUUGGUGUCGAAUUUGCCACCAGGACAAUUCCGUUGGCGGUAGGGGGGACUGUCAAGGCGCAGAUAUGGGACACCGCCGGGCAGGAACGGUACAGAAGUAUUACGAGUGCCCACUACAGAAGAAGCGCAGGAGCCAUACUGGUCUAUGACGUGACGAAGAAAAAAACGUUCCUCAAUAUUUCAAAGUGGCUGGAGGAAAUUCGCCAAAAUGCUGACAAGGACAUUGUCAUUAUGUUGGUGGGGAAUAAAGUAGACCUGGUGGAGCACGACGAGAUCAAGCGGAAGGUGACAUACGAACAGGGAGCAAGCUUCGCAAGGGAAAACAACCUAUUCUUUGCAGAGGCCUCUGCAGUCUCCAAGUUGAACGUAAAACACGUAUUUGAAAAUUUGUUGCAAGAAAUAUAUAAUAAUCGAAUGAAGAAUAACAGCGGCAGUUUCAGCACGCGAAGUAGUGCCACGUGUGAAAGUGCUAUCCAGCUAACCAAGGCGAGGAGUACAAUCAAAUUAAAUGACCUAAAUGAUAAUGAGAGUGAAGAUGAUCGUAGAAAUCGGGCCAUGUGCUGCU